UUGAUUUUUCUAAUGGAAACACCGUCUAAAAUUUCUAUUAAUGAACCAUGACAGUGAACAUUGAUCGAGUUUUCAUAAAAGAAGAGGCAGUCUGAAAUAUAACUUCAUAAUAUCAUAACAGAGGAUUUCCAAGGAUGGUUGUUGGCUCUACGAGGGAACUCAACACGAGACUCAUUCAUGCUGCAAAGAACGCUAAACGAAUUUCUGAGUUUGCUGCUGCAGUUGUCAUUCUUCUUGCAGCGUCGAACUCUUUCUUUGGGAAGAAGGCGCUGUUGAAAGAUUUGGAAGUGCUACCACUUUGGCUCCGCGGAUUGGAGUCAUUUGGUGCUGUUGCGACUGUUGAGAUUGAAUUGAAGCUGGAUGCAAACAUAGGAGCUGAUAUCAUGGCUGGAGUAGGCGGUGUGACACGUGCUAGAGAUGGUGUGUAAGAAAUAAUUAUACUACAUUGAA